GGGGGGAGAGAGAGAUGCAGGACUGCUGUAGGGUCUCUGAGGACUGAUCCUGCCCUGACACUGAGGACGCUCGCGCUGAGCCACACGAGCCGACUCCUGCACGCGCUGCGCUGCGCUGCGCUGUGUUCCGGAAGCACCGGGUCUGUGUGGACUCUCCGAAAGGUGUAGUGAGCGUGGCAGAGCGCGAGAUCUGUUAGAUUUCUUCCUCCGUGUUUGACUCUUACCUGUGUGCUCAAGUCGGGCUGAUCGGGAACAGUAGCAGCGACAUGGACGCGGACACAGCGGACACAGCGGACACACCGGCGCGGGCCGGAACGCGACCCGGGAGCUCCGCGAGCAUUAGGAAUAGGACAAGAUCGACUCUUCUCUCUGUCCGGAUGAACAGUUUUCUCCUGAUCGCUGUCUUCUGUACGAAAGUGCUAUGUGUGCAGUCUUCAUCUCUGCACUUUUCCAAAGAGCCCAAGUCUCAGGAUGCGCUGCAUGGUCGCAGUGCCAUGCUGCGCUGUGAGGUCAGUGAAGCGGCUGACGUGCGAUACGCGUGGGUGCAGGACGGCCAGGCAGUGCGGGAAACCGAGCGGCGCUUCGUGGAGGACGGGAACCUUAAAUUUACAGCAGUGGAUCGCCGUCUUGACGCGGGCAACUUCCAAUGUGUGGCCACAAGCUUGACCUCGGGGGAGGUGGCCACAUCCAACAACGCCUCCUUCAACAUCAAGUGGCUUGACAGCGGCCCGGUGACGCUGAAAGAACCUGCCUCUGUGGAGGAGAUCGAUGAUGCUGAACAAAUCACUCUGCAGUGCCAGAUUGAUGGACACCCAAGGCCGAUCAGUAAAUGGUAUAAAGAUGGAGUAUCGCUAACAGUUAAGGAGAGAAGCUUCACCCUGAAAAAACCCGACCCUGGGAAUUCAGGCACGUACAGCUGCUGCGCACGCAACGGAGCCGGACAAGUCUGCAGCAGCACCAACUUCACCCUCAACAUUAUAGACAAGUCGAUUCCUCGUGUGCUGGUGGCUCCAGAGGAUCAGGUGGUGUUCAGGAACGAAGAGGCCGUCUUUCACUGCCAGUUCUCCUCCAAACCUCCAGCUGUUGUAGAGUGGUUCCACGAGUCAGAGCCUGCAGUCAGCAAGCCGCGGGUUUCUGUGUAUGAUAAUGGCACUCUGCGCAUCGCUCAGGUGAAACCGCGGAACACAGGCCGCUACACAUGUGUGGUUCGUUAUGGAGGUGAUAAGCAGGUGCAGGAAGAAGCCACUCUGCACAUCGCAGAGAUUGAAGAUAUGGGUAGCAGACUGUAUAAGUUCUUCUCUACAAACAACGUGGAACGGGUAACAUGCAGCCCUCCACGUGGUCACCCCGAGCCCGUGGUUUGGUGGGAGAAGGAUGGAGUCCGAGUGCCCUCUGAAGGCCGUGUGUACCAACAGGACACAGACCUGGUCUUCAAUCCCACUAUGGCCGGAGACUCGGGAACAUACACAUGCAUGGCACAGAAUAAGGCGGGUCAGAGGAAGCAGGAAGUCGGCAUCAGUGUGGUUGGUCUUCCAGAGUGGGUCAGUAAACCCCAGGACACUGAGAUGGAGGAGGGGCAGCCUGGGUACCUACACUGCUAUGUCCAGUUUACGCCUCCUGCCCAGGUCACCUGGUACCGUGGCUUGAAGGAGAUCAGUGAGGAGAAAUCUCAGUAUAAAUUGUUUCCAAAUGGAACUUUGAGGAUAAACAAUGUUGACGUGUAUGAUGGACAGAACUACAAGUGCGUUUGCCAGACUGCAGGUGGUGUCCUAAUCGGGGAGGCCAAGGUCCACAUCCUCGAGAAGCUUAAGUUCACUCCCGCUCCUCAGUCCCCUCAGUGUCUCCAGCUGGACAAAGAAGCCAACGUUCCUUGCUCUGCUACAGGCAGAGAGACACCCACAAUACACUGGACCAAAGCUGAUGGUAGUGCCAUUCCUGCUCACGUCAAGCAAACCAAUGGGACGCUACAGUUUGAGAAAGUGACACGGAGUGAUGCGGGGAAUUACACUUGUGUAGCCAGUAACCAUCUCCAAGGAGAAAUCAGAGCUUUCGUCUCGCUCACUGUAGGAGUGCACACAGAGUUUAAGGUGCACCCGGAGUACACGACAGUGUAUCAGGGUCACACUGCCACACUGCACUGCCAGGCUACAGGAGACCCGCAGCCCUACAUCCAUUGGAUCGUCAAGGACAAAGCUCUGUCUGUCGGCACCAGCAGAUUUCAAGAGAUGCCCAAUGGUUCUCUUAUCAUCAGCGAUGUCACCACCGCUGACACAGGAACGUACACAUGCAUAGCUGGCAACAGCUGUGGCAUCCGGCAUCAAGUUACGCAGCUCUACGUCGUAGAGAAGCCAAAGCAUGAACGUGACAGUGACGAGGGGAAAACACCAUACAAGAUGAUCCAAACCAUUGGCCUGUCUGUGGGGGCAGCUGUUGCCUACAUCAUCGCCGUACUCGGCCUUAUGUUCUACUGCAAGAAGAGACGCAAUGCCAAGAGACUGCAGAAGGGACAGGAUGGGGAAGAGCCAGAGAUGGAGUGCCUUAAUGUAGGAGCUGUGCAGCACAACGGCCAAAUUACAGCUGAGAUCCAGGAAGAAGUGGCUUUUACGAACCUAGAGACUGUGUCUACAGCUGAAAAACGUCACAGCAACACAGACAAAUUCCACUUUCCCAGAGCAGCCUUGCAGACCAUCACUACACUAGGCAAAGGGGAAUUUGGUGAGGUGUUCUUGGCCAAGGCACAGAGGAUCGAGGAGGGUGAAGAACAGACCGUGGUCCUGGUGAAGAGUCUGCAGAGCAGAGACGAGCUCUCACAGGCCGAGUUCAGGCGGCAGGUCGACAUGUUCAGUAAACUGAAUCACACCAACGUCGUCCGUCUACUUGGCCUUUGCAAAGACACAGAACCCCACUACAUGGUCCUGGAAUAUAUAGACCUGGGUGAUCUCAAACAGUUCUUGAGGAUAUCCAAAAGCAAAGAUGAGAAACUUAAACCGCAGCCUAUCAGUACCAAGACCAAAGUGUCCAUCUGUGCCCAAGUGGCUGCUGGGAUGGAGCACUUGUCCAAACAGAAUUUUGUCCAUAAAGACCUGGCAGCCCGGAACUGCUUGAUUAAUGGAGAAAGACAAGUCAAGAUUUCAGCACUCGGCCUCACCAAAGACGUCUACAACAGUGAGUAUUACCACUACAGACAGAGUUGGAUCCCUUUGCGCUGGAUGCCUGCAGAGUCAGUCUUUGAAAAUGACUUUUCCACCAAAUCUGACGCGUGGGCUUUUGGUGUACUGAUGUGGGAGGUGUUCACCAGUGGUGAGCUGCCGUACUCCUCGCUGAGCCAUGAGGACAUACUCGAAGGCCUUCAAGCUGGCAUGCUGACGCUUCCUGCACCGGAGGCCUGUCCUUCUAAAGUCUACAAACUGAUGACUCGGUGCUGGGCUCCCAGUCUCAAAGAGCGGCCAUCUUUCAGUGAGCUUGUCCAGGCUCUGGGAGACAUUCCGUUGGACAGCAAGGUGUAAGGACUGCCUGGUGUGAUGGAGCCACACCUAUCCUGUUCUGCUCUGCUACAAUCACAGACUCGCUCAGACUGGGUCCCACACAUUUCAGGGAGCAAGUGUGUAUGAGUGACAAACAGGGACGUUGAUAUCAGGGCAAUGUGUGCAUGUGUGUGUGUAUGUGUGUGUGUGUGUGAGAGACGAUCCGAUCCCAGAGACUUCGAUCUGCCUUAGCGAUGUCAUUAAAAGACAUGCUGUUGACCAUUCCAUUUCAAUGACCUGUUUGUGCUAUUAAUCUUCAGUUAUGUCUGUUUUUCUCACGAGAUCUCCUUUUCGAUCUUCAAGGGGUACGAUCUUUGAACUUGAUCUUUCACCUCUGCUAGCGCAGGACAAUCCAACCCUAACUGGAGCGAAACCAACAAUGUGGCUCCUGAAAAUGCUGGACUCAGCUAAUGGACAUGAAGAUGGUGUGCAUAUAGUCGUGUGCCAGAAUGUGUGUGUGUGUGUGUGUGUGUCCUUGUAUGUGCCUCUGUUAGAUUUGCAAAGUGGAUUGGUGUACAAGUCAAACGUUUGUCAUGAAGGGUGAUGACCUUUUUACGGCUCUAAGCACCAGAAUAAAUUAAUAUUUCUAGUCUAUGCUUUGUACACACGGAAGUGCAAGGAGAGUUGAAGAUGGUUUGUUACAGCUGUACUUUUUAUUAUAAUUUUUUUUUUUUUUUUAUAUUUGCCUUUUUUACCUUGUGGUGCUCAUAUGGGACAAUAAUAUUUUGAUGGAGGGAACUUGCAAUACAUCUUAUUGCCUACAAGCCUGAAGCCAUGAUGAACAAUGUAUUCAAGAUUUCUGCAUAGCGAUAUUUAUAACCACCUGACCGUAUUAUUGCUUGGCAAAGUCCCUGUUACAUUCAUUUAUACGUACCGACACCAUGCACUAAUUUCACUUAAAAUCUUGUUUUAUGUAAUAAUUUGUUUUUAGUGUAGAAGGACAUGUGUGAGCCUUUAUUUCUGAUGAAGGUUCUGUAAUUUUAUAAUAUUUUUUUAAUGGAAAGGUACUCUGAGAUACUUUUAUUAUACAUGUAUGUACUCUGCUCAUUAUAACGUCUCGUUUUGCAGAAAGUGUUGUAGGGCAGCUGAGAGUUUCAGUGGUCACCAUCAAUUUGAAGGGCCACACGUGCCUAAGACAUGAAGGAUUCUAUUCAACUUUGUUUCAUAUCUAUUUUUUAUAUGAUAUUUUUUCUGUUGGUUUGUUUGAUUUCUCAGAAACACAUGGUCCAUGUCUGUUUUUUUUUAUUAUAAUUACAUACAGUACUAGGCACUCACACUUAAAAGUGUUUUGUUAGUCUACUUUAUCAGAGGUCAAAAUAAUCACAAUGUAUGCUGCUCACAUUAAACAUUCACAUUUGUA